AUGUUUGUCUUGGUUGAAAAUGGUUUUGAAAUUUCAAGAGAAGAGAAACAAAACCAGGGACUUGAACAAAGAGGAAGCGGUCAAAAUCAGUGGACGACGACGACUUCUUAUCAUAAAACAUCUCCAUCUUCUUCAACAUCAAAUCCCAUUCGGAUCAAUCCUGAAAAUAUGGCUUCUCACUCCUCGACUCUCUUCUCUACUUCUUCGCCUACCUUCGCUCCCUUCUCAUCUCAUCGUCUCCAUCAUUCUCCCAAUCUCUCUACUGUCCGCUUUUCCCGUCCAAUCAGGAGCAAGCCCAAUCUAGCUUUGCGAUGCUCAGUCUCAAUCGAGAAGGAAGUUCCCGAAACGGAACGACCCUUCACUUUCCUUAGAGAAUCUGACGACACCACUCAAUCUUCUUCGUCACCAACUUCUUCCGUCAGGGCUCGUUUCGAGACUAUGAUUAGGGGUGUUCAGGACAGCGUUUGCGAGGCAAUUGAAGCUGUUGAAGGCGGUCCAAAAUUCAAAGAAGAUGUUUGGUCUCGACCAGGUGGAGGCGGCGGAAUCAGCCGCGUUUUGCAGGACGGAAAUGUCUUUGAGAAAGCUGGGGUCAAUGUCUCUGUGGUUUAUGGUGUUAUGCCUCCUGAAGCAUACAGAGCCGCCAAAGGCUCAGCUUCCGAUCAGAAACCAGGCCCGGUUCCGUUCUUCGCCGCCGGAGUUAGCUCGGUUUUGCAUCCCAAGAACCCUUUUGCCCCAACUCUUCAUUUCAACUAUCGUUAUUUCGAGACGGAUGCUCCAAAGGAUGUUCCUGGAGCUCCGAGGCAAUGGUGGUUUGGCGGUGGCACCGAUUUCACACCAGCUUACAUCUUCGAAGAGGAUGUCAAGCAUUUCCAUUCGAUUCAAAAGCAAGCCUGUGACAAAUUCGAUCCUUCCUUCUAUCCCCGAUUCAAGAAGUGGUGCGAUGACUACUUUUACAUCAAGCACCGUGGUGAGAGACGAGGACUUGGUGGGAUAUUUUUUGACGAUCUUAACGACUAUGAUCAGGAAAUGCUUCUGUCAUUUUCCACUGAAUGUGCGAACUCAGUGGUACCGGCUUAUAUACCUAUAGUAGAGAAAAGGAAAGACACGGAAUUCACAGAGCAGCACAAGGCAUGGCAACAGUUGCGAAGAGGGAGAUAUGUUGAAUUCAAUUUGGUAUAUGAUCGUGGAACGACAUUUGGUCUGAAGACAGGAGGGAGAAUAGAGAGUAUUCUUGUCUCUCUUCCGCUGUCAGCAAGAUGGGAAUAUGACCAUAAACCGGAAGAAGGAACCGAGGAGUGGAAGCUAUUGGAUGCUUGUAUCAACCCGAAGGAGUGGAUCUAGCCUGUGUAUCAUUAAUGAGACCGAGUGAGUUUGUUUCCAUUGUUUCUUGCUAGUUGUGAGCAGCUUUAGAGGAUUAGAUUACCGAAGAGGUGGAGAAAGGGAGUUUGUAAGGUGUUGUGCAUGUUAACAUGAGUCUGAAACGCUGUUUUUCGUUCUUUGCAAUGGCAACAAAGACAAACUUAGAGCAGUGUUAAAAGAAAAAGCUUAAGCUUGAACCAACCGUGGCUCACUAAAAUGAACACCAACAGUAGAAAACAAGAAGAGACAAAAAUCCAGUAAGAUGUAUUAAAAGACUCUCCAGGUGUUUAAGAGCCCAUGGUGGUCCUACUCCUAAACACUUGCCAUAAGCUUCACAUCUUCCACGUGGUCUAGAAAAGUGUAAACUUUAUGAAGUUUAAAAGCUUCGAAUCCUUGGACUUCAACUAUAGUGAUAGUGUCAGUCUCGGGAUUGUAGUAGAGAAGGUAAAAAAAAAAGUGAUAUACUGUGUGGUGACAAGACAAUUUCACCCGUAUCAGUCGUUCCAACAAAACAUAACUUGGUCUCUUCAAAUAUACUCUUCCAAGGGGGGAGACCAAAUGUAGAUAUGGCUCGACCAUUGAUGUUUCUUGGCGUCUUGUAGAACCCAUAAUUGAAUACCGGUGCAAUGUUUGUGAUAAGGAUCAAUGUAAUUAGGCU